UCCUGCUUGUGUAAUAAGCUGCAAUAAGAUAGUGGGAGGGCUAAGGAAAUUGUAGAAAGGGUUAACAUUUGUUCAGUCUCCUACAAACAUCUCAUCUGAUCGCAAGAGAUUAUCAGUACCUGUGACGAGCUGCUAUUACCCACAAUGUCUGAUUCAGAAGAUGCAUUAUCUGAACAAACCCUGGAUGAUGAACAAUACUAUGAAAACUACAGUGAACCUUUAAUUCUUUUGUGUGACAUAUCUGAGAUCAAGAAAUUCGGAGCGUCCAUCGUUCCACUUGUUUAUUAUCUUGUGUUUCUUCUCAGCAUCUUUGGGAAUGGACUGAUUUUAUUUAUACUACUGAAGUAUGAAAAGCUGAAAACAGUUACUAACAUCUUCAUUCUGAAUCUCAUUGGGUCAGACUUGCUAUUUACAGUAUCCCUUCCCUUCUGGGCAGUGUAUUAUACUUCAGAAUGGAUCUUUGGACAUGCAAUGUGUAAAAUAAUAAGCAGCUUAUAUGGUAUUGGUUUCUACAGUAGCAUGUUAUUUCUGAUAAUGCUGACAAUUGACCGGUACUUGGCAGUUGUCCAUGCAGUCUGUGCACUGAGAACCAGAAGGAUCUGUUAUGCGACUUUUACUAGUGUCAUAAUAUGGGUUGUUAGUAUCAUAUGCUCUAUGCCCAAGGUCAUCCUGUAUGGGUUAAGAGAAGAAAACAGGCAGGGAUUAGUAUGUGAAGAGACUGGUUAUGAAGACAGUAGUCUGCGCAUAUGGAAGACAGUGGAAUAUCUGCAACAAAUUGUGUUGUACUUCUUACUACCGCUUCUCAUCAUUAUUUACUGUUACAUUAUGAUAGCAACAACACUGGUCAAAAGUAAGAUGCAGGAAAAGCAUAAGGCAGUCAGACUUAUAUUCACUAUUGUUGUGGUUUUCUUUAUUUGUUGGACUCCUUAUAAUAUUGUAGUUUUCUUGUUGCUUUUAUAUAAUUUCCAGCAUCCUUACUAUGACAACUGUGACAAUAGCCUUGAUUAUGCACUGUAUAUUUGCCGUAAUAUAGCUUACUUUCACUGUUGUAUAAACCCUUUUUUUUACACAUUUGUUGGUACAAAAUUUAGAAGACAUUUGCUGAAAUUGCUUGGAACAAAGUAUUUUUGGAGAAGACAUUAUAUUCAGCAUACUUCCAGUGGCAGAAGCAGUGAGGUCAGCCCCCCAACAUUGUAUGAGUGAAAAUAACAUUACUACUGAGUGGAUAUAUUUACAUUUGACAUACAUUUGUUGUUCUAGCAGCAUUAGUGAAAAAGUGGAAUUAGAUAUACAGAAAAGAAAAUGAUUUCAUAUGCAUUGUACAAAAAACUGCAGUCAAAGUUAUCUGUUGUAAAUUUUGUGGUGUGUGUGUGUGUGUGUGUGUGUGUGUGUAUGUAUAUAUGGGUCUAAUUUGUUUUGUUGAAUCGCAUUUCACGGAAUUUCAUUUCACCCCAUCCACAUUGCUGAAAACACAAAUAACUGAAAACUCAUUUCACUGAAUCUUAUUUCACUGA